UAUUAUACACCAUUGGACUCGAACGACGAAGGUGGUCGGGGAUUAAAGCAAGUUCGCCAAAAUAAUAAGUUCUUCCCUAUUGAAAACUACUCAUCUCUUGAGAUGAUAUACCGAAUUAAUAUUGGUGGAGGAUUCAUCUCCCCUACGGAGGACACUGGAAUGUUCCGAACUUGGUUCAACGAAGAGAAUAGUUUUUUGAAACCGUCUUCGGCAAACUAUGAUGCUCAACCUGCUAACAGCAGUAUCCACCUUAAUUACAGUAGUAAAGUUCCAGCAUAUAUUGCACCAGAAAAUGUGUAUCGAACUGCUCGAACAAUGGGACCCAAUAAUACAGAGAAUAAGAUAUAUAACCUGACGUGGGAGUACCCGGUAGCCCCUGGAUUCUUUUACAUGAUUCGUCUUCAUUUUUGUGAGUUUCAGGAAGAAAUCAAUUCUAGAGGUGAUAGAGUAUUCUUGAUUUAUAUUAGAGACAACAGAGUUGAGUCAUCUGCUGAUGUGUUUGGUUGGGCGGGAGGAAAGGGGAUUCCAUAUUAUAGAGAUUGCGUUAUAUUUCUUCCUCUAAAUGACCAAAAGAAAGUGAAUCUCUCCGUUACCCUCCAAGCAAAUCCAGAUGACUCCCGGAGUAGAUUCACUAACGUGAUCUUGAAUGGAAUUGAAAUCUUCAAAUUAAACUAUUCGAAUGGAAACUUUGGUGGCCAAAAUCCAGACACACCUCCCACUACCCACACCCAAAUUCUUCCACCAUCAAAGAAUAAUUCACCUAGUAGAAUAGAGAUAAUAGUAAUAAUUGUUGUGGUUGGAGGUGCUGUUGUGACGAUAUUUGCCGUAGGCUUGUUUGUUUUUUGGCGACGCAUGUUUGUUUUUUGGCGACGCAUAGCAUUUAUGGAUCAAAUCUCUAGCCACGGAACUUCAUUGUGGCCUCUUUACUCCAUAUCAACAAACAAAUCUAGUAAGUCUCGCACCUCAAGUCUACCCUCUAGUCUAUGUCGUUACUUCUCGUUGGUGGAUAUUAAAGCUGCCACAAAGAAUUUUGAUGAAAAUUUCAUCAUUGGCAUUGGUGGAUUUGGUAAUGUCUACAAAGGUUAUAUUGAUGAUGGAGCCACACAAGUUGCAAUUAAACGGUUGAAACCAGGUUCCAAACAAGGAGAACUCGAGUUCAAGACAGAGAUUGAGUUGCUCUCACAACUUCGCCAUCUCCAUCUCGUCUCAUUAAUCGGAUAUUGCAAUGAUGGAAAUGAAAUGAUUUUAGUGUAUGAUUAUAUGUCUCGUGGAACCCUUCGCAAUCAUCUUCAUGGUGAUGAUGAACAACCUCUCACAUGGAAGCAACGCCUCCAAAUCUGUAUCGGAGUUGCAAAAGGGCUACAUUAUCUCCACACUGGGGCUAAACACACCGUCAUCCACCGUGAUGUGAAAAGCACUAAUAUUUUAUUAGACGAGAGAUGGGUGGCAAAAGUUUCUGAUUUCGGGUUGUCCAAAGUCUGGCUAACGAACAUGUCGAAAGCACACAUCAGCACAGUAGUCAAAGGUAGCUUCGGUUACUUAGAUCCAGAGUACUGUCGACAUCAACAAUUGACUGAAAAAUCUGAUGUUUAUUCCUUUGGAGUGGUUCUUUGUGAAAUGCUUUGUGCUCGUCGAGCAUUGGUUAGCGGCAAAGAUGAAAUAACCGCCUUAUUGGCUGAGUUAGUUCGACAGUGUUAUCGUGAAAAGAGGAUUGAUGAGAUUAUAGACUCGAAAAUCAAGGAUGAAAUUGCACCUGAAUGCUUAAAAAGGUUCAUGAAACUGGUGGUGAGUUGCAUUGAAAGUGAGGGAAACAAACGACCGUCCAUGAAUGAUAUAGAGGAGGGGUUGGAGUUUGUAUUAAAAUUACAAGAAGAAGGGAGGAAUGGUGGAGAUGAGCAUAAUGGAAUCAACAAUGAAGAAGGUUGGAUCCUUAGGGAUGAAGCCCUAUCAGACAGUAGUAGUGAGAUGAUGACAAGUAGCAACCAAAAUUCAUGUUUCGUAUAUCAUCAGGGGACAUCAGGUCUUGUGUUCUCUGAACUUGAAGACCUACCAGGAAGAUGAAGAACUCAAGCUAAUUAGCCUAAUUAUAAGAUGUUCGAAAACAGAGUCCAAGUGGAUUUUCUUUCUUCUUUUCUGUGUGUGUGUGUUCUCAUACACUUGCCUAUUGGUAAAUGGACUCUCAAACAAAUUUUGAUAUGAAUUCUUUACAACUUGGGUGUGAAAACAAUGAAAUCUUUUUCAAUAUUGAAAUUUAUGCAAAAAAUUGAAAUUUCCUUCAGUACAGUAUAGUUGAAGGCUUGGAGAGAUUAGACAUUAAGAAAAGAAAAUAAAUGAGUAGAAGGCUGAUUAAUUUGUCCAAACAAUUCAAUGCAAUGGUGUUUUAGUUUAUGUUGCCAUUAAGCUGUUGUGGUUGCAUGCUAGAGAGUACUAUUGUGGCGGUGUAAUUGUUGCAUAGUGCAACCUACUCUGUUUGUCGCAUUAAAAAUAAAUGUUGUAA